UCUAAAAUUUAUACUUAAGUAGAACACAAAGAAAACAAACAAUUUUUUAUAAACGCAUUGUAGCUAAAAGAAUAAUUAUUUAUUUGUUGUGAAUUUUAAAUAUAAAUCACUCAGAUUAACAAACAUUGAAUAAAGUAUGGAUUGUGAUGAAAUGCAAGUCAUAGAAGAGCCAAAUCUUUCAGAACGCAAAGAGACGGGCAAAAGGGGCCGUAAACCAGGACGUAAAGCUUCCACGGAAAAAGUGGAUAUAAGAGCCAAAUUAGAGCGCAGUCGUCAAAGUGCUCGGGAAUGUCGAGCACGUAAAAAAUUACGUUACCAGUACUUGGAAGAGCUAGUAGCCGAUCGCGAAAAGGCUGUAUUGGCUUUGCGUGAAGAACUGGAGCGAUUAAAAAAAUGGAGCACAGAACUUAGUGAAGGUAACAUACCAGACGGCUUUCAGCAAUUACUGGAAGAAGCAGGUGUGCUAAAACAAGAACAAGUGAUGUGAAACUAAAUACCUCGAUACCUAGUUUUUACCUGUUUGUUUUUUUAUUUAAUAUAAAGUUAAAGUUAUAAUUUUAAGUUUUUAUUACUAUAUAAGUGUAGUAAGGUGUCAUACAUUAUUUUUACUGAAUUAAAAAUGGUUUACAAAUACGAAA